GAAAAGUGAAGCCCGACUGGAGGACUACCCCCGCCUCGAAUACCCCAGAUUUGAUUCGCCAGCAAGGGGGUGACUGCAUUUUUGUGAGAUUAUAAAUGUACCAAGGAGGUUAACAAAACUAACUCAAGAAGAAUGGAAGAAGGUCAGCUGGAAGCCUCAAAUCUUCCUCCAAAAAUUUGGCAUUCUGAGGUGACAGUGUCAGUGACAGGUGAACCACCUACUGCUGUAGAAGAAAAUGAAGAAACAGCCAUAGAAAUCAUCCCAGAAGUCACAGAGCCACUCUCCUUUCUAGAUGUACUGAGGAUCUCUGCAGUUCUGGAGGACACCACAGACCAGCUCUCUAUUCUAAACUAUAUCAUGCCAGUUCAGUAUGAAAAAAGAAAAAGUAUCAGCAUGAAGAAUAACAAAGAAAUAAAUUUAGAAGGAAAAAGCUUAGAAAAACUUUCACUGGUCUCAAAACCCUCAAAAAUAUCCGGUCCAUUCGUGCAUAAAGAAGAGCCCAAGUUACCAGAAAUCAGACAAGGAGGCCAGUUUAACAAAGUGCAAGAUCUUAUCUUCAAAAAACCUACAAGGCAGAUCAUAAUGAACACAGAGACACUGAAGAAAAUUCAGAUUGAUAGGCAAUUUUUCAGUGAUGUAAUUACAGAAACCAUGCAGGAGUUGCAAGAUUCUGGCACUUUCACCAAUCUCCUGAAAGCUUUGGGCAAAGAGAGGGAAAACAAAAUGCAUUUCUAUAAUAUCAUUGCCAGGGAGAAAAAUGGAAGAAAAAAGAUAAAAUCUCUUCAAAAACAGCUACUUAAUGUCAAAAGAGAAAGGCAAGCUGAAGUACAGAGUCGGCAUGAAUAUAUUGCUCACCUCAAGGACCAGUUGCAAGAGAUGAAGGCAAAAACCAACAUGGAGAAUCGCUAUAUGAAGAGAAACACGGAGCUGCAGAUUUCCCAGACCCAGAAAAAAUGUAGCAAAACAGAGGAGCUCUUGCUGGAAGAGAUUGAGAAACUAAGGCUGAAAACUGAAGAAGAGAACCGGAUUCAUGCAGAGAUUGAAAUAUUCCUUAGAAAGGAGCAGCAGAAACUUGAGGAGAAGCUAGAGUUCUGGAUGGAGAAAUUUGAUAAGGACACAGAAAUGAAACAGAAUGAACUAAAUGCUCUCAAAGCUGCUAAGGCCAGUGACUUAGCACACCUUCAAGAACUUGCAAAGACGAUAAGGGAAUAUGAACAAGUCAUCAUUGAAGAUCGUAUAGAAAAGGAGAAGACCCGGAAGAAGAUAGAACAGGAUCACUUGGAAUUAAAGAGCAGCAUAAAGCUCCAGGCCUGGUGGCGAGGCACUGUGGUGCGGAAGGAAAUUGGUGGUUUCAAAAUGCCCAAGAAGGACAACGUUGAUGGCAAGGAUUCAAAAGGUAAAGGUAAAGGCAAAGACAAGGACAAGUGGAGAGGCAAGAAGUGACCAAGUUAUCUUCUGUCUUUUCUGCUGGUGUUUUGGAGGUCGGAAGGAGGACCUGAGGGGAGUAAGAAACAUCUUUUACCAUCACAGAUAACUCAUCUACAGGUUGUUUCUUAUUUGGACAUUCCCAGGUGAGGCCUAGUUAUACGAGACCACCUUGACUGUUAUACUAGUUUUCAAACCCUAAAUUAGGAUUUUAUACUGUGGAUUCAGAGCUUCUUCAUAACUUGAAAAAAAAAUUCCUGGGAAGAAAUAUUUCUAGGAGUCUUGUGAAGAUUCCUCUCGCUCUUUCUCACCAGAAAAAAAGGACAUAAUCCUAGUUAUAGUGAUACAUUAAAACUUCAGUAAUUCCUGUAA